UUUUUUUUCUAUGCUUUUCCGAUGCUUUUUGUCAACUUCCUCCCACGCCACUCAAUCCUACUUUUCCCUCCAAAAAACCACUCCAAAACCAUAUGAUCCUGAUAUUUUUUCCUUCCUUUCUUCAUCUUCCUCCUUUCAUCAUUACCAAUAUCUCUUCCUCCAAUUUCUUCAAAACCGCUUCCUUCUUUCUAUUAAUCGCUAACGUUUAUCGUAUUUUUUUCUUGUUCGUUGCUGGACAACUUAAGAAUAGUAGUAACUUGUUUGUAAAUAAGCUAAAAAAGUUAAAGCUGGCCGAUGGCGUACUACUAACAACUAUUAAACGCCCAUCAUCACUCUUUUUGUUCGCCCAAAGGCAGUACUUAACCCGCUCGAUUUACGGACCUAUUUAGCAGAAGAUGAAGUCUAUUUUUGCGCUAUUUUGUUU